AUGUGGUAUUGUGCAUGCGAUGUGAAGCUUCCAGUUGCUGAAGAAAUAUUAAAGAGACCGAUUUUCGUAUUGGGCGAAAAAGCUCAUCCUCAGAAUGGCUGGUUACCACCGAAAGCCAUCGAUCAGAUUCGCGAGGCAAUAAAGCAAGAUGUGUCAAAGAUAACUAAGCGAAUGGAUGAAGAAGAAAUGAAAGAAGGAAUUGAAGAAGCAUGGUGGGGUGAACCUCUCAAAUUUUGA